UGAAGAUAUUCAUAUUUAGUAAGAGAACAUUUUGAAGAGUCUAAAAAAUAUAUUUGAGGAGGCAAAACUUCACAAGACCACUGCCUUAUUGAUCAAGAUCCACAAUAGAAAGGCUGACAAUGAAAAGAACUUGAAAAUUGUUAACGAAGCUACUCUUGAUCCCAUAGACUUGAUGGUCUGUCAUUAAAACUCACUCACUCAUUUCAUUCCAUAGCCCAUCUAAGAGCGGUCUGUAAAGAAAGUCGCUUGAUGGAAGCCUCGUACAUUCUGCUUACCAUGCACUACCCUUCUCUAAACUGUUCUAGUUAUCAACUGUUGCGAAUCUGCAAUGCCAAGGAUGAGUUUUCAAAGAGUAAAGCUUAUCCACUCUUUCAUUAAUGGCAGUGGAUUUACAUUUGCUACAAGCACACUUUUUCAAAAUAAACUUAUGAACAUGUAUGCCAAGCGUCAAAGUUUGUUGGAUGCCCGUAAUGUUUUCGACCGCAUGGCAGAACGAGACAUUUUCUCAUGGAAUACGAUGAUUGCAGCUUAUGGAAGACAUGGAUUUCCUCAAGAGGCAUUGGCAUUCUUUCAUCGAAUGCUAUUGACAGGAGUUCAACCGGAUCAGUUCACAUUUGCCAGCCUCGUCCUAGCUUGUGCCAAAAUGAGACGCGUGGAACAGGCUAUGGAAAUUCACCAAACAAUAAUUGAAAGCGGAUUACUGUCAGAUUAUGUACUUGGUAAUGCGUUGAUAGACAUGUAUGCAAAAUGUGGAAAUAUAUGCAAGGCACGCGAUUUGUUUGACCAAAUGCCUCAUCGAAGCGUGGUCUCAUGGAAUGCAAUGAUUGCAGGAUAUGCCAAAAAUGGUGUUCUGGAAGAGGCCUCAAAGCUUCUUAAAGUAAUGCCUUCACGUGAUGUGUUCUCAUGGACUGCAUUGAUUGCAGGAUACGCACAAUAUGGUGUUCUUGACGAGGCUUUAAAACUUUUCAAAGAAAUGCCUCAAAGAAAUGUGAUCUCAUGGACUGCGAUGAUAGCAGGAUAUGCGCAAAAUGGGUUUGUUGAAGCAGCCUUGGGGACUUUUAAGCAAAUGCUGUUUGCAGGUUUAAAGCCAAACUCAGCAACAAUCGCUAGCAUCCUCCCAGCGUGUGCUAAAGUAGGAGCGUUGAAACAGGGUAUGGAGCUCCAUCAAAGAAUAAUUGAAAGUGGCUUUUUGUCCUCUGCAGUAGUUGUGAAUGCGCUGAUAGACAUGUAUGCUAAGUGCGGAAGCAUAAAUAAGGCACGUGAAUUGUUUGACAAUAUUCGUCAUCCAAAUGUGGUCGCAUGGACUGCAAUGAUCUCAGGGUAUGCAAUGCAUGGCUAUGGCAAGGAUGCCCUCAAACUCUUUGAACUAAUGAAUCACUAUGGAACCAAACCCAACCAUGUAACUUUUGUUUGUGUUUUGUUUGCAUGUAGUCAUGCAGGUCUAUUAGAUGAGGGCUGUAAAUACUUCAAUCACAUGGGUCACUUUUAUAACAUAAAGCCUACAAUGGAUCAUGAUGUAUGCAUGGUUGACCUUCUUGGCCGUGCUGGCUACCUUGAGGAGGCCCUGAACUUCAUCAUCAAAAUGCCAGUAAAACCUGAUUUGGUUUUGUGGAUGUGUUUGCUAAGCACUUGUAAGUUAUAUAAGAACAUAGAUUUAGGAGAAUUCGCUGCAACUCUCAUUUUUGAGUUGGAUCCUAAAGAUGCUGCACCUUAUGUUCUUAUGUCAGAUAUUUAUGCAGAAUUGGGCAGGUGGGGUGAAAUUCAAAAUAUGUGGAAAUUGAUAAAAGAUGGAGAAAUAAAAAAAAAACCGGGCUGUAGUUGGAUUGAAGUACAUAAAAUGAUACAUGCUUUUAGUUUUGGAGACUUAUCACACCCACAAGCACACACAAUCUAUACAAAGUUGGAUAAUUCGUCCUUGUAGAUGAAGGCAACAGGGUGCAUUCCAAAAUCAAAACAUGUAUUGAAUGACAUGGAGGAGGACAAAGAAUAACUCCUCUCUCAACAUAGUAAGAAGCUAGAAAUUGCAUUGGGGUUGUUGAACAUAUCACAUGGAGUAACAAUUAGAAUUGUCGAGAAUCCCAGGGUAUGUGUUGAACCACACUGCAACCAAGUUUGUCACGAGGACUCAGAUAAAUGUAAAAUCAAUUCUAUCAUUUCAAACCUGGAAGAUGUUCUUGUGGAAAUUACUAGUGAUGUUAGUGGAGCAACCUAUGAAUACGUGUGGCACUUUAACAAGGUUCCUGGUCUUAUAUUUGCAUUGGUAAGAAGGUAUGUAGGUGUUUUUUAUUUUUUGUAGGUGUUUCCAAGCGUUUGGAGAGCUAGGUUACGCUGAUAAUUUUAUGUAAUCGUAUGCAUAGCAUGCUUCACUUCUUAUGUAUGCCGAUGAGGUGUUAGUUAAAGCCCUGAUAUUUGAUACCAUGGGAGGGAAUCAUUGAACUGUUUUUCAGGAAGCCUGUACAAGUUCGGAAUGAAAUGGAAGAAUGGGAAAGCAAAAGGUGGAGAGGCCUGAACCAAAUUGAAAUCUGCUCAGCCAGCUGGAAAUGUGAUAGAAGGGCUUACCACCGAUCAAAUGUUAGAUAAAUUGAGGAUCUCUUGUUUGUAUUUUACUCACUGAUUUUGUACGGUGUUCUUUUCUCUGUUAGUUCUACCAUCUUGUGCCUACGCCAUGACUGCCAUUCAGAAUUCAAUUAUGUGCAUACUAAAUUACUCAUGCAAAUUUAUUUUCUCAAUGUGGAUAUUGUGUUAUUUGUGGUGACAGAUAUUUCUGAUUGAAAAGGUGGCUUAUAUUUACAUCAAAGAAGGAUAAUGUAUAAAUAACUGUACCUUAGAAAAGAAGCUGAAUGUGGAAAGUUUUAUAGGAGUCAUGUUGGGUUCCCGGCUGGAGAAAAUCUAGCCCACUUCUAUUGAAAUUAUAAAAAAUAUCAAAUUGGAUGCGCACACAAGCUUUCAUAAUGCAAGAAACAAACUGAGCCACUGGGGCAACCGACCUAGCACAGGACCAUCGAGCUUUCUCGUUUACCAUCUCAUGCAUCAUUAAGAGCAUUCAGGUCCAUAUGCAAUCCGCAUCAACCAAAAAAAAUGUUGAUUUUUUUAUUUGAAUUUUGAUUUAUUUUUAGUGAUUCUUGGCAUCUCACAUCAUCAAGAAGCCACUCACAAGUGCACAGCUGCAAACUUUAAAAAGUUGAUGGAAAGGAGGUCGAAACACAAAGUGUUCAAAAAUGGCUUUUUUCUGAAAAAUUAUGAUCCAUGUGUAUUCCUGAAGAUGAAGGUGGGAUCUCUUGAUGUUCAAAUUUUUAGAGAAAAUAUUCAAAAUCAAAACUGAAAAGUGUGUGAGGCUUCCAGGCAUUUUUGCACUCUCCAACAUAUUUAGUAUUAAAUUAAUAAAUUAUUGGUUCCUAUAUUAAAAUGAUAUGAAUGAUAUGAAUGUAAAGGCUCUCCAAAUUCAAAAAUUUAAAUGAUUAAAAAAAAUCAAUGCUGAAGAAAACUGAAUAGCCAAGCCUCUUGAAAUUUUGAUGAAGAUUUGGAUGCCUCUUUGUCUUUGAAGUUGCAUUAAAAUGAGUAUUCAACACAAAAUUGGAGGGGAGGGGAGAAGAUGCAGAUUUGAAGACAAAGAUGAAGCUGCAUGAAGUUGGAAAGGAAAGGUAGAGAAAGAGAUGAAAGGUCAUUUAUGUACUUGUGACAAGGUGUUUGUAUUUUCUAUUAUAUUGUGAGUUAUGUGUUGUAGCAGCAAAGAGUCUCUGCAUGAGUUGUUUCGGAUUCGGAACUUCGAAUUUUAAUUUCAACCUUAGGCCUUUUGGACGGUUUAUUAUCGACGGUGAUGUAACUUGUUUGCUACAUACGUUCAAAUUGUUUUGCACCAAGCAUGAGAACUUGGAAAUGUUUGAUCCAGUAUUCUUUCUUUUAAUAUUGUGUAGGAAUUCCAUCAUAGGCAGCAUGGGAUGAAGAGGAGAAACUACAGGGUACAUUUCCACUAUUGUUGUCUCCCUUAAGAGUCUGGCUGUGAAUGUGAUAUUGCAGCUUGUCAAAGGGUGAAUCUACGAAAGAUUUGUUGUUUUAAUUCUUCGUUUUCUGAAGUAGUAUCUAAAGGUGUUGCCAGGCGAACCAUUGCCGUAACUAGUACAUAUGAAAUAUAAUCCGAGCUUUUUCUAGGUGUCCA